AUGGGAUCAAAAACUAGUAAAUAUACUGUUGAGAAGGAAGAUUCUGAUUCAAAUAAAAAUAAAACUUUAUCAUCACUUCCAUCAAAUUCCAAUGAAUUAAUGAUAGAUGAAAGACCAAAAAAAGAAGUAACAUCAUUACCAAAAUUAAUUCACGUAGCUUCUUUAUCCAAUCCAUCAUCAUCAUCAUCGACAAAGAAUAAUUUAACCGUUGUUUGGCUUGAUACAGAAAUAAAUAAUCAACCAGAACACACUGAUACUCAGACAAAAUUAAAAAAUCUUAUUUGUUAUAUUCGAAUAUUUGAUGAUAUUGAUGCAUGUACACAAUAUAUUGAACAAACAGGCUAUAUGAAUACUAGUAAUUUAAUGAAUGAAGAAAAAUUACUAAUGAUUAUUUCAUCAACACUUGCAUUCACAAUUAUUCCACAAUUUCAUGAUCUACCUCAAAUAAAAUAUUUUUAUAUAUAUGGAACAUCGAAAAUCAAUGCUAAAACUAGUCAAGAGAUGUUAAAAAAAUAUCCGAAGAUAAAAGGAGUAUAUUCAACAUCUCGAUCAUUGCUUGCUCAAAUAGCUCAAGAUUAA